AGGAAAGAGUACAAAAAUCAGUCAACGGAGUGAGCAGUCGCAAUAGCAAUUGACAAAGAAUAGUCCAAUGAUCUGAGGUAGAAGAAAGUUUCAGGACUGUUCUCCUUUCAUCAGCAAUGACCACCAUUAAUUUCACUGCACAAUGCUUUGAUCGAGCUUCAACUCUUUUGCACAUUUCACAUUCUGCAGCCGCAGCCACCAUGGCCAUGGAGGAUAAAGACAACAAUAUCUGGAGAGAUCGGCAAAGACAAAGCCUAAUUGCUACCUUUCUCAAAAACCAGCUUAGAAAUUUCAGGAAAACAACACCAGAUUCGGUAUCUAUAUGUAGUCGUUUGCCAUUUUCCCUAUCUUGUCUUAUUCGUUUUCGAGAAUUAUUGUCAUCGUCGCCAUCGAUGAAUCAUCCUCGUGUUUAACGCUUCUUUGGACUUCAGCAUCCCGACAAUUUAUUUUUGCAGGAUUCGUAUUUCACUUCAAAUACCAUGUUCCUUGUUCCUCCCAUCUUUCUUUUUUAUAUUUUUUUGUUUACUUGUAUCGCUUAAUUCAGGGGCAUUGGUUUCUUAUAUUUCCCAAUAGUUCUGAAACCCUUCUCCUCCAUUGAUUGUUGCGAUGAAGACCGUCGCUCUGAAUUAGGAUUCCGGAAUCGGUGAUCGCAACUUGAAAGAGCCAAAUGAGUCCGGCUUUGAACUUAAUGAAGCAGAGGAAGGAUGGUUAUGAGCCGUCUGAUACUGAGACAGAAUGGCAAGAAAGCCCCUGGAAUGAUCCUAAUGAGAAGAAACUUGUACUAGAUUACAAUAAUCGAAGAACUGAUUCGGCAGUAUCCAAGAAGUUCAGUAUGGCGGCGAAUGUUUCUCCUCCUGGUUUGCGGAGAAACGGUGGCCAAACCCCUCGCCGGCCAGCCAAAGACGACAGUGUUCUUGUUAUGCUUCAGAGAAACAUCAGCCCAUUGUCAAGAGCAGAAAGAAGAAGACACGAGUCUCCUUUUAAAGCUUCGGGGGAGGAAAUUGGAAGCUCUAGCAUGAGGUCAAGAAAAGAGGAGAAGUUCACUUAUUCUCAUGGGAGUAACAAAACAAGUCAAAAACCAAGUCAUAGUAGGAGAUCGGUGACUGCUCCAAGGUUGAGGAUGAGAGAUGAACAUAUGAUUGCUGCUAAUGAUUUAUCUCAAAGGAGAGAGAGAGCAGCUCCAACCUUGAAGGUCAGCUCCAUCCUGCAGCAACCAAAGGAGAUUUCCCACGUGAAGUCUCCAUCUAUUGGUGAAAUGAAUGAGAUGAUUGCAGAUGGAAGGAUUAAUAGAGGUUUGGCUUUUAAUGACCCUGUGGUUGAAAGCACAGGGUCCAUCUCGCCGGGGGAUAUAUUCUUUUCUCGUGAUGGUUUGCCUGUUGGGAUGAAUAACAAUGUCACAGCAAAGAGAAAUGCAUUCAAGAACUAUAUAAGUCCAAAACCUACAUUUGUGACUAAAAAGAAUGAUGAUACUUAUAAUCAAGUGGUAGUAAAUGCUAAUGGUAGAGAGGUUUCUUCUACUGGAGGAGGUUUGUCAACGACCACAAACAGUAGUGCUGCUGUAAGUAGAGAAAAUAGUAGUAGAAUUAGCAUGGAAAAUAGUAAGAUCAGUGAUGUGAGUGGAAGAACAAGUGAAAGUACUAAAAGGUUUAUAGCCAACAGACGAAAGAAGAAGAAUGAUAUAUGGUUUUCUUGUAUGAGGAAUGGGACUUGCAGGACAACAAAAUCGCCUGAAAAGCGACCAUUCGAUGAAGCUACAUAUAUUGAAAAGGCAAACGUUGUUGAAUACUUGAAACCCUUCUGGGCGGAUCAGCAUCGACCGGUUUCCUUAAAUGGGUUCACUUUCCAUAAGCAUGAGGCCCAACUUCUCAAGCAGUUAGUUUCACAGGACAGUUUCCCCCACAUUCUGUUCAAAGGUCCACGAGGAUCUGGUAAAAGAGUGCUGAUGAUGGCUCUUCUGCGUGAGAUAUAUGGUGAUUCAUGUUGGAAUGUUUCUCAUGAUUUGCGACGAUUCCAGAUUCAGGAAAGAAAACUGACGCAAGUCUUCGUUCCAUUGACAUCAAGUGCUCACCACGUGGAGCUAAAUUUAAGCUCGGAAUCAAAUGCUAAAUAUGCUUUGCUGGGAUUGGCUAAAGAAAUAGGCAGUGAAUAUUCUAUUAAUGUGGAAGCAAGAAAUGUCAAUCCAAAGGCAAUUUUCAAAGUGGUAGUCCUUAUAGAUGUAGACAAAGCCGCAGAGGAUAUUCAGCACUUGCUUAGGUGGAUUAUGGAUGGCUAUAAGGAUGCUUGCAAAGUUGUACUCUGUUGUGAAGACGACUCGGGCAUCCUUGAAUCGGUGAUAAGCCGCUGCAAAGUUAUCAAAAUUAACCCUCCUGUAACUCAUGAAAUCAUGGAUGUCCUCAUCAAAAUAGCAGAGAAGGAGGAAUUUGACUUACCAAUGAACUUUGCUUCUAAGAUUGCUGCUAAAGCAAAGCAAAACCUGAGAAGAGCAAUCAUGGCGCUAGAAGCAUGCAAGGCACACAAUUAUCCACUUUCUGAUGACCAGCCAAUCCCUAUUGGAUGGGAAGAUGCCGUGGUAGAACUUGCGGCCCAUAUUCUCGAAGACCCAUCGAAUCCAAGAUUACACCAAGUAAAAGAAAAAAUUCAGAAGCUUCUAGUUGAUUCAGUUCAUCCUAAACUAAUUCUCCAGAAGCUUGUAGAACAAUUUCUGAAAAGAAUUGAGAUGAGAUCAAGAAGGGAACUUUAUUAUUGGCAUGCUUACUAUAACAAGAGACUCCCAAUUGAAACUGGAGUAGGUGCUUUACCCAAAUUGGAAGAAUUUGUGGCAAAGUUCAUGAGCAUGUACAGGAAAAGCUCCACCAACUUCGUCUAUGAUUGAUAAAAAUGUUGAUAAUGGUGAAAGGUUAUUUGUUUUUGUUUUUGUUUUUUUUUUUCUUUAAUUUUAUAAUAGAACAAUUGCUAAUAUCCAUUUUAUAAGUUGGAUAUACAAAAGAGAAACUAAGCAUCAUAGUUUGACUAUGCAUCCAAAGUCUAGAGGGAAUGGUGAUUACGUGGUGGUCGCUUUUAAUAAUUUUCCUCUAAUCACUUUAUAAUAAUUAUUGUUCAUUGUAAUAAUUUUCUUUUUGAAAAAAGUUAUAAUAAAUAGAAUAAAAUUUUAUAA